CCCUCCUCAGCGGCCUGGAAGACUAGGCCGGAAAGUGGAGCUCGAGCCGGAAGUGAGCGGGGCGGCCGCUUCCUGUUUCCUUUCGAGCGCCACACUCCUCCGCCCCGCGUUUAGGGUGGUGGCUGUUCCCUCAGCAGGGCUUUCGGCGGUUAUUUGCCCCUCAGCCGCCUCGAGGCCCACACUCUUCUCGACGAAGCCUCACAGAGAGCCGCCCCGAUGCAGGCCAUCAAGUGUGUGGUGGUGGGAGACGGUGCUGUAGGUAAAACAUGCCUACUCAUCAGUUAUACAACCAAUGCAUUUCCUGGAGAAUAUAUCCCCACAGUCUUCGACAACUAUUCGGCAAAUGUGAUGGUUGAUGGAAAACCAGUCAAUCUGGGCUUGUGGGAUACAGCUGGGCAAGAAGACUAUGACAGACUACGCCCGUUAUCCUAUCCACAAACAGUUGAAGGAACCAAUGGUAAGGAUUUAACUCCCAGGGUGAAACGGCAACAGCUCUGCGAUGUCUUCUUAAUCUGCUUUUCCCUUGUGAGCCCUGCAUCCUUUGAAAAUGUCCGCGCAAAGUGGUAUCCGGAGGUGCGGCACCAUUGCCCCAACACCCCUAUCAUCCUGGUGGGGACCAAACUUGAUCUCAGAGAUGACAAGGACACUAUUGAAAAACUCAAGGAGAAGAAGCUGACUCCCAUCACCUACCCACAAGGCCUUGCUAUGGCAAAAGAGAUUGGUGCUGUAAAAUACCUAGAAUGCUCGGCCCUGACGCAGCGGGGCCUCAAGACGGUCUUUGACGAAGCCAUCCGGGCCGUUCUCUGCCCUCCUCCCGUAAAGAAGCGGAAGAGAAAAUGCCUGCUGCUGUAAUGAUGCCCCGACCCCUUCUCCGAACCUUCUGUGCUUUGCUUGGAACAAUGGAGCAUUCACAUCAAUGCCAAGUUCUUCAGUUUUUAAAAAAAUUAAUUCUCUUCCAUCAAAUUUUUUCAACCCGUCAUCAAUUUCAUAUGCCCCUUUGUUUAAAAGGUUAGAUUCUUCUUUCUUCUACUAAAGAGAUCCUAAAAAAAAGACAAACCUAUAUAAAAGCCUUAUUUUCUUUCCAUGUCCUUUUUGCUCAGAUUAAUCAAGUGUUGCCAAAUUAUAUGCUCAUUACUAUGUUGCAUUGUUGUGCUUUGUUAUAUGGAGCACAAAACCUGUUUUUUAAAGUCAAACAGGUGUCUUUAAAGAUACUAAUGUUUAUUAGGAAUUGCAGAACUUUAUAGUUUUUUUUCCAGAUAUCGUAUCAGUAGGAAAACGCUGCUGUUUUAAUGCAUUCACAUUCAACCAAUGAGAAUAGUAUCCUUUCUCAUGCUUGAACAAAUGCAAUAAUUGACGACAUCCAGAUUCCACUUUUUUGAGGGGGAAAAAAACUUUCUUGCUUCUAUGGACUGUAACUAAACUGUUUUUCCUUGAAGUGUAUUGUCUUCCUUGACAGCAGCGUAUUGUUUUGAUGGGUGAGAAGUUAUCUUGUUCAAGGGAGAUUUCCCAACAGUAUUUUGACACUGUUAAGAUCAAUUUACACUACAUUGUCAAUGCUAGUUCAAUCAAAUGCAUUUUUCUCGUGUGUAUUAAAACCAGUAAGACAAAACCCUCUGUUGCAGCAAAAUAAUAGAUGAAGAGAUGGUUGGUGUUUUUAUAGAUCACCUGUUUGCAUUUCCCAGUAGGGCAUUCAUUUACUACAAUUUUGAACUGGUCAUUCCCUCCCACGUCCUUGCUAUAUAGAUGCUUUUAUUCUGGAAAUCUCUUCCUUCUGAGCAAUAUAUCUUGUAUUUUAAAACCUGAGUAUAUUUGCAUUUUUUGUAGACUAGAAUAUUCAAGCAUAGCCUUGUUUCUGUCUUGUUUUCCCUCCUUCUACCUUGAUAUUCCUGCUUUUGAGAAGCUUUUUUUCAGUUGUCUGGUGACUUGGUGUAAAAAUCACGUGCAGCAGAUAUAUACCACUUCUAGUAACCUUUUUUUAUAUGUAUAUUUCACACCACCUUAAUGACCUUUCUCUAAUGUCACCAUUUGCCAGGUGUUCUGACGCUGUAACUUUACUAAUGCUGACAAUUGCCCUCUUAACCUUGCCAUGAACAUGUACUUCCUGUUGGUUGAUCUAGUUGCGGUAAUUGGGUCUGUAACGUAGUACUAACUAAUCAUGUUCCCUACAUCCCAGAGGCUGGCAAGAACACACUGAAUGACGACAACCUGUCAACUACUACUAGAACAAACAAAACAUUUAAAAAUGCGAGUGCAAGAUUAUGAAGUUUUUACAUUGAUCUUUUUGGUAAUGCAAUUUAGCAGUAUGUUUUGCAUGUAUGACUUAAUAAAUUCUUGAAUCACA